AUGAAAUGGCUUUGGAGAUUUGCAUCCGGAGAGCAAGCUUUAUGGAAGGACAUAAUCAAGCUGAAAUAUGAAAUGGAUGGUCACUGGACUACCAAGUUGGUCACUAGCACUUACGGAGUUGGCCUUUGGAGAGCUAUCAGGAAUUUAUGGCCAAAACUAAGAGAAAACUGCGGUAUGAAGAUGGAAAAUGGCAUGAAGGUUUUCUUCUGGGAUGAUAGAUGGCUGGAGCAAGGCACUUUAAAAGAUUUAUUUCCUGACAUUUACAUCCUCAACCAGCAGGAAAAUGCCACUGUCACAAAGGCAGUGCUUACCAAGGAAAAUCUAAUGAAAAGAGGUUUUAAUCCAAAUCCAACAUGCUUCCUAUGCGAAGAAGUGGAUAAAACAGUCGCACAUCUCUUCCUACAUUGUAGGAUCACUAGUUAUUUGUGGAAAAUCUUCAUCAACAUGAAGGGACUUCACUGGGUGAUGCCAAAGAGGAUAGUACAAACACUGAAAAUUUGGAGCAGCUAUGCUAGUAUAUCUGGCCACAAAGAAAGAUGGAAAAUCAUACCUGCAUUUGGUGGUCCGUGUGGAAAGAAAGAAAUCUCAGAUGCUUCCAAAACAAGUGCAACAACAUACAGAAGGUGA